UAAACAUAGACCUGUCAAACAACACAAACGCCAUCUUGACAGCUCCCUCAAAAUGGCAGAAAGAUGUGAGCUCGAAACCGAGCGCAAACUAUUCCCCCCGCUGUCUGCUUUUUGAAAACAGAGUCCAGAGUGUUUCGAUAAACGAGUGGACAUGGGGUUGGUGUCCAGUGUGGGAGCACAGAGCCUCUAAAGAUGGAGAUAACGACGGCGGUGUUCAACGCGGCCAGAGAUGGUAAGCUGAAACUUAUCCAGAAGUUGCUGAGCAACAAAACUCCUGAGGAGCUGGAGGCGUUAGCCGAGGAGAAAAUCCAGGGAGGAACACCUCUCCUGAUAGCCUCUCGAUACGGACACUUAGAGGUUGUAGAUUACCUCCUUGAACACUGUAAAGCCAAUGUGGAACUCGGGGGGGCGGUCAACUUUGACGGCGAGACUAUCGAGGGAGCUCCGCCGCUGUGGGCAGCGUCUGCAGCCGGUCACCUCCCUGUGGUGAAGACGCUCCUCAAACACGGUGCCUCAGUAAACAAUGCAACACUAACUAACUCAACACCGCUCAGAGCCGCCUGCUUUGACGGACACCUGGAGAUAGUCCGCUACCUGGUGGAGCACAGAGCCGACAUGGAGGUAGCGAACCGCCACGGCCACACCUGCCUCAUGAUCUCCUGCUACAAGGGCCACAAGGAGAUCGCCAAGUUCCUCCUGGACCGCGGGGCUGAUGUCAACCGCAAGAGUGUGAAAGGGAACACCGCCUUGCAUGACUGUGCAGAGUCGGGCAGUCUGGACAUCAUGAAGAUGCUGCUGAAGUGCAAUGCUCGCAUGGAGAGAGAUGGAUAUGGGAUGACCCCCCUCCUGGCUGCAAGUGUCACAGGUCACACCAACAUUGUGGAGUACCUCGCCCACCAGCCUCGCACCUCCAGAGAGGAACGCAUAGAUGCACUUGAACUCCUCGGGGCCACUUUUGUGGACAAAAAGCGGGAUCUCUUAGGGGCCAUGAGGUACUGGAGAAGGGCUAUGGAGCUGAGGCAGCCAGGGGAAAAAGCUGGGUCCCUCUCCAAGCCCCCGCCUGGUCCCCCUAUCCCUGCUUAUGGCUGUGCACAGGAGGUGAACACUGCAGAGGAGCUGGAAGCUUUAAUCACAGACCCUGAUGAAAUGAGGAUGCAGGCCUUAUUAGUGCGAGAGCGUAUUCUGGGGCCUUCCCACCCGGACACCUCUUACUACAUCCGCUACAGGGGAGCUGUGUACGCAGACUCGGGCAACUUUGAAAGAUGCAUUAGCUUGUGGAAGUACGCUUUAGACAUGCAGCAGAGCAACCUAGACCCCCUCAGUCCCAUGACAGCCUCAAGUUUCCUCUCCUUUGCAGAGCUUUUCUCUUUUGUCCUCCAAGACCGGGCCAAAGGUACCCUGUCCACGCGCAUCACCUUUCAUGACCUUAUGACUGUGCUGGGGAAAAGUGUACGGGAGGUGGAGAGAGCUGUGGCUCAGAGGGACAACCCUCCUGAAGCUCCUCAGUUUACCAAAGCCCUCUCCAUCAUUCUGCAUCUCAUCUUCCUGUUGGAGAAGCUGGAGUGCAGCCCGGAGCAGGAACACCAGAAGAAGCACACGGUGUACCGCCUCCUGAAGCUGAACCCUCGCGGCCGGAGCGGCUUCACCCCUCUUCACAUGGCUGUAGACAAGGAGACCACUUCUGUCGGACGCUACCCCGUAGGACGCUUCCCAUCCCAGGCAGUGGCAGCACUGCUCUUGGAGUGCGGCGCUGACGUGGAUUCACGUGACUGUGAGAACAACACACCUCUCCACAUUGCUGCCAACAAUGGCUGUCCAGAGAUUAUGGCGCUGCUCAUGAAGGCCGGGGCUCACUUUGAUGCCACAAAUGCACAAAGGAAGACAGCCUAUGAGCUGUUAGAUGAGCAGAGCAGUGGGCACCCGGCCCUUUAUCCACUGAACUAUGUCACCCUUCAGUGCCUGGCGGCACGUGCAAUUGAAAAGCACAGACUGCCCUACAGGGGACUCAUCUCUGAGGAGAUGGAGGCUUUCAUUGAGCUGCACUGACAUCCACUACGCUCCCCUGAUGAGGCGUCUCCUCACUGCUCCUCUGUUGCCCCUCAUAUCUUACUCCAACCUGCCACAUCUUUUAUCUCCUUUUCAUGUCUGCUUCAUCCCCAGCCUUUCUAACCCUCUGUCAGACCGAACCAUAGCAAUAAACAUCUAGCUUCUCAGCUGAAAUCUCUGCCUGAGAUCUGGUCAGCCAUCGCUCGAUUCCUGGUUUCCUCUGCUGUUCAAAUCUAGUUGAAACUUUGACCUGAUGUAGGCUGUAUUGCAUUUCCCCUUCUUUUUGUCAGAGUAAAAAGGAGGCUUGUGAAAUGAUGGUGCUUUUGGUGUGUGGUGGUGGUUGGACUGAAUGAAAGAUGGGUUUUAGUUUCUGUAGUUUAAAGCAUCUGAUCAAACUAGCCAGAUAACAUGCAUGAAAAAGAAGAGUGAAAGUGGUUGUGCUUUAAUGCCGGUUCAGAAAGAAAAGAUGUGUGAAGAGACUUGCUACAGGUAAUUUUUGCUUGUUCACAUUCACCAUCUGCUCUGCUUCUUUGAUAAGAGAGAGGGUGUUGAAUUUAUUGUGCCAAAUAUCAGACAUGAGCUGUUAAACACUGUAAACUGGAGGCAAAAUGAAACGUAAUUAACUAAUCUUUCCUAAUUAUGAGCACAAGUGUUUGCCUAAAGGUGAGACAUAAAGUGAAUCCUGCAUUUCUACAAAAUCAGCAGCUGGAGCAGUUUGAUAUUUCAGAUUGGGACAUGAUUUGUCAGCACUGCACAGCUAUUGUUUUGAAGGCUUUUUAUGAGAUAAGAUUUGACUGGUAUCUCUUGGAGUCAUUCAAAAAGGAGCGCAUCGUUUGGCUAACACAUCCCCCCCAGUCUCCACACAAACCUUUGUAACCUAUGCAGUUUGUUUUAUUCCAAUCCAAAGUGACACAUUCAAGCAAAAAUUAGCCACAUUAGCAGAUUUCACACAGGGUCAUGCUUUCAUUAUUACAUGCUUACCUUAACGGGAUAAUGACUCAAACCUGAGGCUGCUUCCGUGACAAAGAAUCCUAUCUUCUAAUUAAGAAUGUUCUUUUAAAAUGCCUAUCUACCUGCAGAAUGAACAGUUAAAACCUGAGCUGACAGUGUGCCUAAAUCCCCCUGACGCUUGGUAAAGCCAACAUCAACAGAAGAUACAAAUUCACUGUCAAAGAAGCAGCUUCAAGGGGGAUAAUUAAGGAAAUUGCGCCCUGGUUUGUGAGUUAAAUGUCCGAGAUAUAAUGUGUCAGCACUGUUUUUUUGAGUGAAAUCUCCCUUUAACCUUGGAUGCAGCUCACAGAAACGGAACAGAUGGCUCCGCUGCAGCCGUUGCUGCAUCUACGUCUUAUUUUUAAUGGUCUCUCUUUUGUUUAUCCUGUGUCAUCAUUAAUGUUUUAUUUGUCUGACUGUGCUAAGCACCGCCGAGUUUGAAUGCACACCGAGAGGCUCUAAAUCCUGAAUAGACAAACUUACAUCUAGGCCACGAACUGUCGCUGCCUUUCUCUUUCUCAACUGAUUCGUCUAACUGAUGAUAACUCGAGAACAAAAAGUGUGUUGGGGAUACUUGAAUAAAAUUCAGUGUCACAACAUUG